AUGAGUAGAUCAAUAGGAUUUAACAUCUGUGUGGUCACCUGCAGCUUCCUGUUCUUGUCCUCCAGUCCACCAUGCCUUGCAUCUCAGCCGCUGGAGGAGAGGGACAUGACAAAGGUCCAGCAUGGCCCCUGGGCAGGGAAUGGGGUAGAAGAUGAAAGGACAGGUGUGCUGAACUUGAAAAAUAACCUGGGCCCUUCUGAGCAGACUGUCUCUGAAGAGCCAUGUGGAGUGUCAGCAAAGCCAUCUGAGACACCCUUAAAUGAAGCUUUCACUGCAGAAAGAGAAACACUGCCUGUAAGCCCAAGCCAUGUCAUCCCAGGCAGCCAGGGCCUGGGUGCUCACACCUCUGCUUGGCUGGCGCACGGGCCUGCCAUAGAUGAGGAGGAGCUUGGUCCCACAAAGUCGGAGCUGGAUGAGGAUGAUGCGUUCAAGGCCAUGCUGACCACAGCUGUGACCACGCUGAACCCUGCUGUCCAGGAGGAGUCUGUUGGUGGCCCCAUUAGUGAGACCACCACAGAAGGUGGUGUUCGAGUAGAGCACAGCUCUGCCAGCCUCUCAGCAAACCCCCUUUCUGGGACAGCUGUGGAGGAGGAGGAGGCAGAGAGCAACUCGCACCCCUCAGCUGCACCCCAGCCCACACUGUACCCCAGCUCUCCCAGCUGGGAGACAGCAAGCGACCACCCUGUCAUCCUGACUCCCCAGGCUCCUGGCAUGACCUCUGAGGUGGGAAUGCCAAGAGCCCAUACAGGGAGCCCUCUGAAGUCCCUGGCUGUGCGAGCAUCUGUGGCUGCAAAACGUCCCCUCCUGGUGACAGAGGCUCCCCUCCGCCUGGAAGCAGGGACGGGUGUCGAGCGAGGAGAGCUGCCCACCACACCUGGCACUGUCACCAUCCAUCCUGUGGACACUGUGCCACCUGACUGGGAUGACACAAAACUGGGGGACAUAAAUCAAGGGGGAAGCAUGUCUCAAGAGGAGGUGACCGAGGACCUGGGGGCAACAGAACCAUCCCAGACCCCACAGGAAGGUGGUGGGGAGGAAGAGGAUGCAACAAGAGCGCUGCCAUCCCCGGCGUCCCCUCCACCAACUCCUGAGCUUGCCAAGGAGACCAACUGCACAGCACCCGUGCAAGGAGAGGAGUUGCCAGCAGCUUCCACAAGCAGCGGUGAUGUUUUCCACACUGCGAACCUGACGGGUGUAGACGUGGCUGAUCUCAACUCGCUGGAAAACAUAAAUGCAGUCACAGCAGAGGAGGGGAAAAGCAUCCCACCAUCACAGGCGGAGGCUGCUGUGGUGACAGAUACACAGACUGAUCUCUCUGCUACUCUGGAAAGCUCGUGGAAAGGUGUUGCUCAGGAGGUGACAACAGUUGCCCAGGAGGCUGAUGCUGCUCUGUCAGUUGUGACACUGGUGCCUGGUGCUACCCAGGGAACAGGAGGUGCGAGCCUUCCGCAGGAAAACAGCGGGGAGGACACCCAGGUGCCGACUGCUCCUAGUGCCACCCAGAUGCUGGUGGCAGCUGGUACUUCCUCUAUGGCGAACGCUCCAGAUGUAGAAGACCUCACGGAUGUGGUCCUGGUCACCAGUGAGAAGGCUGUUCCAGCUCCUGGUGGAUUGUCUGCUACCCAGUCUGAACAGGCAGAGGAGACAUCCAGCAGAACUGUGGUCCUGGUGACUCCAGCAUCAAUGGCAUCUUCUGUCAGGAGGACAGCUCUUCCAUCUGUGAGGAAGAUCAGUACAGCUGUGACCUAUGGGCUGGACCGCCUGGAGUCAGAAG